ACUCUCUCGCUCCAGAGGCAGAUGAUGGAGAAUCUGAUAAUAGCCAAAGCCAGGCAAGAUGCACUUCAAAGAAAAAUGGAGGAAAGGAGACUCAGGCUGCAGGAAGAAGCUAACAGGAGGUUUGUGACCUGUGGGACCAUGACAGCUGAGGAACAAGAGCAGCGGGUUCUGUAUGCAAGUGUACUUGAAUAUGAGCAAGAUCAUGUAAGNNNAAAAAUUUGGAAAGCUAAUCUGAAAAAGAAUCCAAAUGAUCCAACGUUGGUUUCAGGUCUUAUCUCAUGUCUUCUCAGCUACCCAGAUCACCCAGUCAUGAAGUUGCUGAAGAGGCUUCAGUAUCGGGUGUAUAACAGACUGUAUCCUAUAGUGAGCCAGUGUGUUCCUCUGAGCACAGCGCCUGGUCACUCACUAGUACCCUUAAAGCCCUCCCGCAGUGCCCAAAGCCUGCUCCUGUCCGACAGUCCUAUCUCUCCACAGCAGCAGCAGAGCCCGCUCAAAUCUGCUAUGACACACAGUUUAUCUGAUGCCUCCAUCUCUUUUUCCCCAUCCCAAGACCUCAAUGCCAACAACACAAAGUCUGAGACCGACUCGGAUGAGUUCUCAACUCUGGUCUCUACAGAUAGGGAGAACUCUUUUGAGGAUCUAGAGAAGUUUCUUACUCAGCUGGACUGGGUUCCUUCUCACAGUGGUGAUGAUACAGACUCUGAUGUGACCUUCGAAACAACACACAUAGACCUAGAGUCUCAUGUUCAUCAUCUUGAGGAUCGUGCUUUGAAGGAACAUUUGAAGGCCAUCAUCAAAGACAUCCACAUUUCUAUUGGUAAAUAA